UUCCCUUGCCUAGAGCAAGGGUGCGGGUCCGGGAGGGGGGUCGGGGGUGGGGGGCGGGGAAUUGGCUGGGCAUGAAGCAGCGGCUAUAGCCACGGGUUGUGGCUCGGCAGCCGCGCUAUUCCGCUAUCGCCAGCGCCAGCGCUCUGAGAUAGAGGAAAGGUCUUGACAGGUUGGCUGGACCAGUGGCAGAAUCCAGUACCAGACUCUGGACUUGAGGGUUCUGGACUAUGGUCUGUAGAAGUGAAGGAGAGAAGGACUCAAAUCCAGGUCAACUGUAUGGCUGUCUGAAGUGCUGCAACAGAAGGAAAUCCAUUCCUAUUGGCGAUAACACUGUGGCCCUGUUCUGAGACGACUGAUGUAUAAAGGUUUUCCCCAAGAAAGAGCAGCUGAGUCCUUGCAUCUUGUGACAGCUGGUAUACCCAGCCCUGAGUUCCUCGGAGUUGAAGGCACCCUGGUCCCUUCUCAUGGGCAGCAUCCACCCAUGCUAAGGUCCAGCAGCGGUGGUGGUGUGAGGAGCUGUGCAGUUAGUUGUAACUGAAAAUGUCUGACAAUCUGGAUAAUGAAGAGAAACCCCCAGCUCCCCCACUGAGGAUGAAUAGUAACAAUCGGGAUUCUUCAGCGCUUAACCACAGCUCCAAACCGCUUCCCAUGGCCCCUGAAGAGAAGAAUAAGAAAGCCAGGCUUCGCUCUAUCUUCCCAGGAGGAGGGGAUAAAACCAAUAAGAAGAAAGAGAAAGAACGCCCAGAGAUCUCUCUUCCUUCAGACUUUGAACAUACCAUUCAUGUGGGGUUUGAUGCAGUCACUGGGGAAUUCACUCCAGAUCUCUAUGGCUCACAGAUGUGCCCAGGGAAGCUCCCAGAGGGAAUUCCUGAGCAAUGGGCAAGAUUACUCCAAACCUCCAACAUAACAAAACUGGAACAGAAGAAGAACCCACAAGCAGUUUUAGAUGUUCUCAAAUUCUAUGAUUCCAAGGAAACAGUCAAUAACCAGAAAUACAUGAGCUUUACAUCAGGAGAUAAAAGUGCUCAUGGAUACAUAGCAGCUCAUUCUUCGAGUACAAAAACAGCAUCAGAGCCUCCUUUGGCUCCUCCUGUCUCUGAAGAAGAAGAUGAAGAAGAGGAAGAAGAAGAUGACAAUGAACCCCCACCAGUUAUAGCACCAAGACCUGAGCAUACAAAAUCAAUAUACACUCGUUCUGUGGUUGAAUCCAUUGCUUCACCAGCAGCACCAAGUAAAGAGGUCACACCGUCUUCUACUGAGAAUGCCAAUUCCAGUACUUUGUAUAGAAACACAGAUCGACAAAGGAAAAAAUCCAAGAUGACAGAUGAGGAGAUCCUAGAGAAGCUGAGAAGCAUUGUGAGUGUUGGUGAUCCAAAGAAAAAAUACACAAGAUUUGAAAAAAUUGGUCAAGGGGCAUCGGGUACUGUCUAUACAGCACUUGACAUUGCAACAGGACAAGAGGUAGCCAUAAAGCAGAUGAACCUUCAACAGCAGCCCAAAAAGGAAUUAAUUAUUAAUGAAAUUCUGGUCAUGAGGGAAAAUAAGAACCCCAAUAUUGUUAAUUAUUUAGAUAGCUACUUAGUAGGUGAUGAACUAUGGGUAGUCAUGGAAUAUUUGGCUGGUGGCUCUUUGACUGAUGUGGUCACAGAGACCUGUAUGGAUGAAGGACAGAUAGCAGCUGUCUGCAGAGAGUGCCUCCAAGCUUUGGAUUUCUUGCACUCAAACCAAGUGAUCCAUAGAGACAUAAAGAGUGACAAUAUUCUCCUUGGGAUGGAUGGCUCUGUUAAAUUGACUGAUUUUGGGUUCUGUGCUCAGAUCACCCCUGAGCAAAGUAAACGAAGCACUAUGGUGGGAACUCCCUAUUGGAUGGCACCUGAGGUGGUGACUCGAAAAGCGUAUGGUCCAAAAGUUGAUAUCUGGUCUCUGGGGAUUAUGGCAAUUGAAAUGGUGGAAGGUGAACCCCCAUACCUUAAUGAAAAUCCACUCAGGGCAUUAUAUCUGAUAGCUACUAAUGGAACCCCAGAACUUCAGAAUCCAGAAAGACUUUCAGCUGUAUUCCGUGACUUUUUAAAUCGCUGUCUUGAGAUGGAUGUGGAUAGGCGAGGAUCUGCCAAGGAGCUUUUGCAGCAUCCAUUUUUAAAAUUAGCCAAGCCUCUCUCCAGCCUGACUCCUCUGAUUAUCGCUGCAAAGGAAGCAAUUAAGAACAGCAGCCGCUAGGACUGCAAGCCUUACCUUGCACCAUCUCCCCUCAUGAGUAAGACUGAACUAAAACUCUGCUACAGGAAAGAAGGAAGAAUGACAGUCAAAUGGGGUGGGGGUUCUUUAACUUUCUAAUGAAUAAAAACUUCUUACAAGCCCUUUUCCUACUCCCUAAGAUUAUGUAAUUUAUUUGUAAGCCUGAAUCGCAGCCCAAACAGGGCAGCAAUGUCGAAGUGCCCAUAAAGUGGUCACUUCCACCGUGAAGCGAAAGAGCCAGUAGUGAAUCCUCUCAUUUUGUGCAUUCACUUUGAAGAAAAAGGUUUCUCAAAGGUGCACACUCCCUCUUCAUAGUGUUGUGUUUGUUUUUAAGUUAGAAAAUAGUCCCUCUUGCAUUCAAACCUCUUUCAAAGCUCCUUACCCAAUGUGAUGUUUUUCACUUGCAUUGUCAUUAGUCGUCCAGAAAAAAAAAAAAAAAAAAGAUGUCAAAACGUUUUUCUUAAAAAAAAAGAAAGCAAAAA